AUGGAAGGCCCUGUUUACAAACCUAUUAAAGUGUACAGCCAUUCAUGUUCUAUUUUGGGGGAAAACAAAUCACCAUUUCUCCUCAGAGAAUACAAACUAGAAAGACAUAAAUCAUAUUUAUUCCAAGAAUUACAAGAACAUAAAAUGACACAUUUAUUAUCUAUUCUUGAGACAAUGCCUAAACCAGGAACUGAAUGCCUCACAAACACAACUUCCUCCUGCAGUUUGCUUCACAUAUCUGUAGACAAGGUGGAGAAAUGUUGGAAGAUGAAUGAAAGACAAAUUCAACAUCAAAGUACAGCCUCAUUGUUUAUUUAG